AUGUUGAUCAUCGUUUCCUUCAGGAUAGCGGGUCUUGGAAAUGUUCAAAUGAACUCAGAUGGCAUUGGAGAGAGCAUGGCGAUCAACUACUUGGGACCCUACGUGUUUACGAGAACGUUACUUCCACUCCUUGAGUCCACAGCAUCGCUGGCCAGCACGGAUGUGCGAAUAGUCAAUGUUGGAUCGGACGGUCACAGCCGUGUAAAAUACUUAGAUUAUGGUUCCAAGGAGGCAUGGAAUCAUCCGUUCAGAUGGUCUUUGCUCCCAAGCAUGGAGCGUUACAAAUACUCAAAACUCGCCGUACAUUUGUGGACGAAUGACUUAGCACGGCGUCUUUCCGAAGAACAAUCCAAAGUAAUGGUACUGAUCACGCAUCCAGGUGCUAUACUAAGUGACGGUGCUAUCCGCGCACUGAAUUCCCUUCCUUUCCCUCCCUUUUGGAUCUGGUUGCUAGGUUUUUUUUUACAUCCUCAGACUAGGGGAGCGUACACGUCUGUCUUCGCAGCUUGCAUGCCGCGCGACAACCCCAACAUAUCUCACGGUGCCUAUAUAUUCCCUCCGAAUGUGGCAGUGGCGCAAGCACCGGCUGCUUUGGAUGAGAGUAGGCAACGUCAGCUAUCCAAGUUUACAGAGGAAUUGUUGCGGAGUAUUGGAGUAUAACAAAUAAACUCGGACGGGAAAUGUCGCGAGGAAAUUAUCUAAAUCACCCAACUUCAGGUUAUGUAACGAUUUUAGGGGAUUCUACCCAAAGACGGUCACCUUGUGAGAUAAAUAAUGACGAUAACUAGUUAGGUGCAGAAUCCAGAAUGAAACAUGUCAUACUUUGGAUGCUGAACUAUUGGCGACAACAGCGAUCAACGACAGCUCAAACUGCUCCCCGGCGGUCGAUGUGGCAUCAGUAAU